UGGGGCCGGGUCGGGUGGGGAUACUCCCAGGGCUUUUUUUAAAGGGUGUCAGCACCAGCACUGUUCUGGCCCCAGCUGGGAGUCCCUGACUCACGCCAGCUGCGCGAGCGGUGGAUACGGGUCAGGAUCCAGGUACUUCAAUGGACCCCCAGGGCAUCUUGAAGGCAUUUCCCAAGCGAAAGAAAAUUCAUGCAGAUCCAGCGCCAAAAGCACUUGCAAAGAUUCCCAAAAGGGAGGCUGGAGAAGCUGGAGAAUGGCUGAGCUCCCUGAGGGCCCACAUCAUGCCCACUGGCAUCGGACGAGCCCGAGCUGAACUCUUUGAGAAGCAGAUUGUCCAGCAUGGGGGCCAGAUCUGCCCUGCCCAGGCCCCAGGAGUCACUCACAUUGUGGUGGAUGAAGACAUGGACUGGCAGCGGGCUCUCCGGCUCCUCAGACUGCCCCAGCUACCCGCUGGUGCUCAGCUGGUGAAGUCAGCCUGGCUGAGCUUGUGCCUGCAGGAGAGAAGGCUGAUAGACACAGAUGGAUUCUGCCUCUCCAUCCCCAAGAGGUCCUUGGACCAACCACAGCCUGGUAAGGCAGGCCAACAUGCUUCUGCUCCAGGCACCCAGGGGGUUCUACCCCAGACAGCCCUCUCCGUGUCCCCUCCUCACACCGGAGCUGCAUCUCCUCCCCCAAAGGCAGAGAAGCCACCAAGAACCCAAGCCCAGCUCAGCUCAGAUGGUAAAACCAGUGAUGGGGAAGGGCCCCAGGUUAGCCCAGCAGAUCUGGAGGCCUUGAUCAGUGGGCACUACCCAACCCCCCCUGAGGAAGAUGGUGGGCCCAACCCAGCCCCAAGAACCCUGGAUAAGUGGGUCUGUGCACAGCCCUCAAGCCAGAAGGCAACCAAUUACAACCUGCACAUCACAGAGAAGCUAGAAGUGCUGGCAAAAGCCUACAACGUCCAAGGAGACAAGUGGAGGGCCCUGGGCUAUGCCAAGGCCAUCAAUGCCCUCAAGAGCUUCCACAAGCCUGUCAGCUCCUACCAGGAGGCCUGCAGCAUCCCAGGAGUCGGCAAGCGGAUGGCUGAGAAGAUCAUGGAGAUCCUGGAGAGCGGGCAUCUGCGGAAGCUGGACCACAUCAGUGACAGCGUGCCUGUCUUGGAGCUCUUUUCCAACAUCUGGGGAGCUGGGACUAAGACUGCCCAGAUGUGGUACCAUCAGGGCUUUCGAAACCUAGAAGAUAUCCGAAGCCUGGGCUCCCUGACUGCUCAGCAGGCCAUUGGCUUGAAGCACUAUGAUGACUUCCUGGACCGCAUGCCCAGGGAGGAGGCUGCAGAAAUUGAGCGGACGGUCCGGGUAUCAGCCCAGGCCUUCAGCCCCGGGCUGCUGUGUGUGGCAUGUGGCUCUUACCGACGGGGGAAGGUGACCUGCGGAGACGUAGACGUGCUCAUCACUCACCCAGACGGCCGAUCCCACCAGGGCAUCUUCAGCCGCCUCCUUGACAGCCUUCGGCAGCAAGGGUUCCUCACGGAUGACUUGGUGAGCCAGGAGGAGAACGGCCAGCAGCAGAAGUACCUGGGUGUGUGCCGGCUCCCAGGGGCUGGGCGGCGGCACCGGCGGCUGGACAUCAUCACUGUGCCCUACAGUGAGUUUGCCUGCGCCCUGCUCUACUUCACCGGCUCUGCCCACUUCAACCGCUCCAUGCGAGCUCUGGCCAAGACCAAGGGCAUGAGCCUGUCAGAGCAUGCCCUCAGCGAAGCUGUGUUCCGGAACAACCAAGGUGUCAAGGUGGGGCCUGGACGCGUGCUGCCCACCCCCACAGAGAAGGACGUGUUCAGGCUCCUAGGCCUGCCCUACCGAGAGCCGGCCGAGCGGGACUGGUGAUCUAGGGCUUGGGAAAGGGACGCCAUGUGCCCCUGUCACCAGCUGUCCUUAGACAGCCAGGCUGGGAGCCUGAUUCUGAGAACCUGCGAGCCUUCUCCUGGCCAGGAUUAGGCCGCUGCCCCUCUACUUCCGCACUGCUCCUGGUAACAGUUUUUCAUGAAGCCUCAUCUGGGAUCCUGCUUGUUUCAAACUGGUUUCCUGUGCUGAUGACCCAGGCUUCCCUUUUCCACCCAAGACUGAACUAGAUGCUGCGUGUCCAGAGAGGCUGUGGGCACGGGGAGGGGCAUGGGGAGGGGGAGCUGCUGUGAGUGCAGCAUCUUCCUAGACCCCUCAGGGUGGGAGGAAGCCAUGGGGAGUCCCUCACCCACUCACUUCCUGUGCCACUGGAGCUGCCUGCUGGGGGUGGCCUGCCCAGACUCUGGUUUUGGCUUUUGAGGGCCAUGGGGCCCAAUAAAGUGCUCUUGACAUUCA